ACAGUGAAGAGGUUAACCUACCUGUAGGAAGGGAAUUCAAGUCCCGGUGCAUUCAGGGAACAGUCCACAGACCUCACCUGACAGUCCCUUAGUCAGGAUACAACUGUGAGUGAGUGAGUGACUCAGUGAUUUCGUCUGUCAGUGCACCACUGGGAUACCAUGAGCAGCCAGCCGUACAACAACUUCACGGACCUCACAGGCUCCACAGUCACCAUUGGCGGGGAACAAGGACCAGGAGGUUCUCUUGAAGGGAGAUCAGUAAGAACAUUCAUCAAGGGACUGUCAUGGCGUCACCUGGCUGUCGGAUGCUUUUUUCUCGCUCUUCUGGCCAUGGUCAUCGGCAUCUCAGUUCACUUUGCCACAAAAGGCAGCACAAAGGCAGACGCAAAGGCAGACAAAGAAUGUCUUCCUUCAUUACCUCGUGCUGAGCCUCACUUCGCUGAAGAAGCAGAGUUUUCCAUGGUGAUUGUAUUUUUUUGGCCUUGGUCAUCUGAACUGAAGAACACAAGCAGUGAAAUGUACGAGGAAACUCACAUCAAAGCUGAAUACUGGGUGGACAUGAUCUUCGAGAGCGGCUCAGGUUCGUCGUGUAUCAAGGCACAAGUGACUAACAUGGUAGAACUGAAUGAUCACAUACUAUUCCUCUUUAACCUGUACUUGACCUGUGAAGAUAUGACAGAGAUCGAAGUGGAAAGACUCUACGACGAGGGCUACACACGCAUGCAAGACAAACCCUGUGUGGCCAACAUCAGCCACAACAACGACAUCAACAAACUGCACAACAACACAACCACAGACCCCAAAGCUCCCACCUCCAUAUCUAACAAUAUUUGUGGCCAAUCACAACUCUACCCUGCUGCUAAAAUUGUCGGCGGCGAUCCAGUAAAUGUUGGAGAGUUCCCCUGGGUAGUCAUGUUGUUGAACAACGGCGAGUUUGUCUGCGGCGGCACCAUCUGGGACUACGACCACAUUCUGACAGCAGCUCACUGCAUUGAGGAUUUGCCCUCUGACAAAGCUACUGGACUGGUGAACACAUCGUCCCUUCAGAUCAUCGCCGGCAAAUGGGAAACUAACCUGAGUGUCAACCAUUAUGAACAACGGGUAGAAGUCGCUUCAGGGAGAAUACACACAGGCUACAUUACUCACUUCUUAGGUACUGGGAACGAUGUCGCUCUGCUGAAACUUGCCACGUCUCUGCACCCCAAUCAGUUGGUUAUGAAAGUUUGUCACCCGGAUGCCGACACCCGGCUGCCAGAACUGGGUAUUGUUGCUGGCUGGGGGACAACAAAAGCAGGGCUAAGGAGAUUUCCUGCAGUGCUACAGAGUGUCGAGCUGUCUCUCUUAGACCUAGACGAGUGUCACGGCGUGUUUAUAAUUAAUUACAUCGUAAACAACGAUAUUUACUUCCUGCCAAACGGAACUUUCUGUGCAAUGGAUGACGAUUUAGACGAAAAAGACUCUUGUCAGGGGGACUCUGGAAGGCCCUCUCUUUGCCAACCUGGGAACAGAGUCAGCGGAGCGUUACACAAUCCUCGGGGUCGUGUCCUACGGGUAUGGAUGCGGAGAUAUACUCAAACCGGGCGUGUAUGCUUCCGUUCCGUUUUAUCUUCACUGGAUCCAAGACGCCAUUGACUUUCUGCAAAAAAUUUAAACUGUUCACAUGAGCACCCAUCAGCGAAAGAGCGAAACACCUACACACACACACACACACACACACACACAAACACACUACACAUACCACGCACACAACACUAACCACACACACUACAUACACCACACACACAUACCUACACACACACACACACCCAUCUACCCCACACCUCCCAAACACAUGACAGUUAUGUUUGAGAUGUUUGGAAUGUCCUACCUGUCGGUAAGCACACGUGUCACAUCCCUGCAGUGAAAGACGUGUGACACAGGAUGGAGACGGGAUGACAAACUGUUAUCAAACUCUUACCCAGGUCUACGGCUUUGCUAUCUUCUGCCAAAAGCACGAUCUCACCCUUCAUACUCCAGCCAUAAAGUCCUGAUGUAAGCUCAACAGUCAAAGGUUUGUUUGUGUGUUGUUGAGCUUCUGUCCACUGCACAAGCAAAUAUAUUUACUGUGAGCACUGAAAUAUCAAUCAGGGUCAAACUAUAUCCUGCCUACACCAAGGGCAAGUUCUCGGCUUUAUUCAUACCAUCUGUUGUUUCAUUAAUCCUAACACCUAGCUGUUCCUUCCAUUUUGAUUCAUUCUACAUUUAUGAUUAAAUUAACAGUGUUUUGAAGCGACUGUGUGUUAAACGUUUUGACAUUUUUGUUUAAUUUCUGUGUAUCUGUCAAUACCUUGAUUGAAUUAUGUCAUCGUUAGUUCUUACUAUCUUAUCAACACAUUUGCUCUUUUAGCAGGUGUGUGUGUGUGUAUUUAUAUAUGAAGAAAGAUAGGCACACAGAAUUUAAUAUUAAGUGAUCUUUAAGAAAUAAAAAGUAAAGAGAG